AGCCACACGAUAACUUCUUUUUGCUAUCGUACGCAGGCAUGGUGGUUUGCUGAAAACGCCAGGAAUGGGUGGUAGAGGUAGGAAGAAGAAGGAUGCCCCACUUAAGGGAGGUCGAUCGAAGGAGGUUACUGGUACAAAAAGUGUUGAGAAUGAUGCUAAGAAUAGUUCAAUUGAGGAUGCUGUUAAGGAGCAAGUAGAGGUAGUAAAGCUCGUUGCAAGGGAUCUUGAGCUUAUGGGUCUUGUGGUAGAGGAGGUGGAGGAGGGGAAGAGGGAAGGUAAAAGGGUAGUGGGUUUAGAUACCCAAUCUCCAGAAUCCCCUGCUAAGCUUUUAAUUGGUACCAAUGGGGCUAGUUCUUCGGGUGUAAAGACUGAGACUCCUAGAGUUCGGUGGAUUGAUUUGGUUGAUGGAGAGAAGGAUGAAGUACUGACUCAGCCACUACGGAAGCUGGUUAAAAGUUGGUCGUCGGUAGUGCAAGGAAAUAGGGAUAUUAGGAAGGGAUGGGAGUUGCAGUAUGUAAAACCUCAAAACCCCUCUGGUGUUGUGGUGAUAACCAAGGAUGAAUGGUAUCAAGGUUCCAAGGUAUGGGAGAAUGCUUUAGUUGGUUAUGUCCUUGGAUGCAAGCCUCAUUUCAAGGAUAUGGCUAAUUAUGCUAAUAAUAGAUGGAAGGAAUUCCAAGUACCAAAGGUUUUUUUCCUUAGGAAUGGUGUAUUUUUGUUUGAUUUUGCGGAUGGGGAGGCAAACUUAGGCAAAAUGGCCAGUUACCUGGGUGUUCCUAUUGCUACUGAUGCAUUGAUUGCUAAGAGGCAACGAGUGUCUUUCGCUAGGAUGCUAGUGGAAGUUGAGAUUAUGGAGGAGUUACCACAGGUGGAAAGGAAUUAUAAGGCUAAAACUAAGAAGAUGUGGGUAGUUAAAGGUUCUAUGGAACAGAAGCAGCUUAUUAAGCCUAGUAUGCAGCAAGCCGAUGCAGCUAUGAUCCCUGCCUUUGCUCGUUCUGCCGGUUCAAGUUUGUCUUGCAAAAUAGAUAGCAUAAAAAGAAAUAAUAUAGCAGAAUUUCCCUUUAACUUUAGCAUGGAAAAGCAAAAUGAACAAUAUGAGGAUUAAGGAACUAAACCAACCGAAGCAAUUGAGCAAGCCGGGUGGCCUUCAGAAAAUCGCCUUCUUCACGGGCCUUAAGGAUUUUGAACAUGAGACACAUAUUAAGCUUGCUCACAGCACUCUGCCUAAUCAU